UGUGAUUUUCUUGCUGGUAAUUUUAAAAGAUGCCAAGGAGAAAUAAAAGGUUUAAAGCAACUGUAGCUGUCACAUAUCAUGAUGAGGAUGGCCAUGUUGAGAGAGAGGAGGUGGAUUUGUCAGAAUUGGUUACUGAGGAUCAUAGAGGAAGCUGUUGUAUUAACAGUCCUGAUAAUUGUGGUGCAUUGGAAGGACAUGAACUGGGAAUGGAACAAGAUAACAGUGAUCUUGAAAGUGAUGUUCACCAUGAUUGUGAAGAAUCAGCUUCUUAUUACCAGAAAGUUGAAAGAAAACAAAAAGCAUGGGAAAAUUUGCGACAUUCAAUUAUAAAGAAUACAUUUAAGUUUGCUGGCAAAAAUUGGAGCAAUCUGAAGUGUAUUCAUUGUGAUAAUGAAGCAAAGUUUAGGUGCAGCGAUUGUGGUCCAAUGGCAAAGUAUUGUGAGAACUGUAUUUUAAAGAUGCGCACAACCGUAAAUAUUUGUCAUCAUGUUGAAAUAUUUAAGGAUGGCAUGUUUUGGCCAUAUAAACUCAUGAACAUGCUGGUGUAUGAUUGUUCAUGCCAAACAGCUCGUCACAAGAAGUGCACCUUUUGUACUGUUGAGGUACAGUUUUGCUCAUGCUCUGCAGAGUUUGUUCAACUUCUGCAAUUUGGCCUUUGGGGUGGAACACCUACAAAACCUAAAAUUGCAUUUGCAAUUGAGUUUUUUGAAUUGGUUCAUUCUGUGCAGAUGGAAUGCCAGGCAUCAAUAAAAAGCAUUUGUCAGUCAUUUGAAGAGUUUAAUCAUAACCACAUAUUCUCUUCUUAUGCAACACCAAAAAUGUAUCCUGUCAUUAUAGAUGCUUUUGAAGAAUACAGAAUUCACAGACAUAUACUAAACAUGUUGAGCUGUGUUAUUCCUGAGCUUGAUGAAGGAAAUACCUGCUUGUCCAAAAGCAUGGAAGUUACAGUGCUUUGA